UGUCAGUCGGUGUCAUACUGCCACUGACAAGUCGAUAUUUGAGCGGAGCGCUGCUGCUGGGCGUAGUUGAAGACGCGUGCGCGCAUGUUGAGCGUUGCAAUCGUCACACCUCGAAUGUGUCGACGAACAUUUUCUUUUUCGCCGUAACUGAAGAGAACGCGCGUCCACUCGACAGGACAGAGAAAAGUGCAACAAACUGUGAUUCGAAAAUGGCUGAAGAAACCAACGCCGCGCCCAGCCUCUCUUCGAGAUUGCAGAAGCAUCUCAAGGAGGCGCCGUUUUUCUGCAAAAUUAUCGAACUGGUAAUGUGCGUCGUUGCGACGGGAUUGGUAGCAGGACCGUUCCAACAGAAUCAGACGCGGCCGGCUGAUAUACAUCAUAUAGCGAUAUUUCACGUCGCAGUGUGCGGUUACAUUCUCAUAAACGCGAUUCUUAUUAUGAGCCAUUUAAUGGGCGAACGAUUGCCGAAGAAGACGUCUCUUAUGUUCACGACGAUGGGGGCGAUUUUAUGCUGCACCGCCGGCCUCAUUCUGAUUCACGACUGGGACAAUUUCUCGACUAAUAUGAUUCACGCGUAUCUGGACGAAUACAGCAACCAGACGGUGGCGGCCGGUUCUUUCGCGAUCUUGGCGGCCCUGGUGUUCGUCGUGGACACGUACUUCACCAACAAGUACGACUGAUCAUCCGAGAAUCAUCCGAGAUCGUCACGGACAUUCGCUGGAACGCGAACGAGACCGACCGCUUCGUACGUUCGCAGCUCCGUUUCGACAUAAAUAAGAUACCAUAAUACGCUGAAUAUAUUAUAACUCGGAAGUUCUGCCGAAUCGAUAUCGACAAAGAAACAAAUUUUCUCAGCCUUUUCAUUCUUA